UCAAAGCACAAAGCGGAAGCGGCAAUGUUUAAAAAUGUAUGAGUAGAAGAGUUUAGUCAAAGUUUUACAUCAGAUAAACACCGCUGGGAUGGAUAUAACAGAAACAUAUGAUAGAAUUGUUGAUGGCUGGGAAAGGGCGGAGACCAACAGUGGUGUUCCAUAUUAUAUAAGUCACACUCUACAGAGAACAACAUGGGACCAUCCAUACUUGCUGAAGAUAAUGGAGGAACUAGGAGAGUACAGUGCUAUCAAGUAUGCAGCAUACCGAGCAGCAUUCAAGAUCCGACAUCUUCAGAAGCGACUCCGACUGUACCAGAUCAGUAUAUCGACAGUAAAAGAUGUGUUUGAGCAGUAUGGCUAUGCAGAGGGAUGCUUGAAUGUGAUAAGUUGUCAGGAGAUUCAUGACCUCUUGACUGAGCUCUAUAACCGGGCUGACCAUGGGCUUGUCAUAGAAAUGGAGGAUGCUGAGAUCCACGCUGAACUGCUGCAGAAUCUGAUUCUCAACCUGUUUGAUGUAAACAGAAUAGGGCGUGUGAAGGUUGUGUCCCUGAAGCUGGUGCUCAUCACUCUGUGUGCCGCCAAGUUAGCCGAGAAAUACAAAGCAUACUACCAUGAGCUUCAUGACCCUAGUACCUACAUCAGCAGUAAAAGUUUCACCUCUUUUCUGGAGGAUAUGAUUCAGCUGCCGGACCUUCUUCAGGAGAGUGGACUCUUUGGCCAGGAUGUGGCACCUGCAGUGGCCAGCUGUAUGCAGAUGAGUAAUGGUGGAGUGGGAAUUUCUGAUGAUGUGUUCUACAGCUGGUUGCUGCGUGAACCACAGACAUUGGUUUGGCUUCCUACUUUUCAUAGGACAGCAGCAUCUGAAGCAGUGAAACAUGAAUCCAAGUGCAACAUCUGUAAAAGUUGUCCAAUAGUUGGGUUCAGAUACAAAUGUUUGCUGUGCUUCAACUUUGAUAUGUGUCAGAACUGCUUCUUUACCGGGAGGACAAAGAAAAACCACAAGCUUAAACACCCUAUACAGGAGUACUGCUUAAAGACAUCCUCCAAAGAGGACACCAAGGCAUUCUUUAGGACCAUGAGAAACAAAGUAAGCAAGAAGCACCGCCAGAAAGCGAAACAGAAGUACCUACCACUGAUGUCAGAGAACCAGUACUGCCAGAAUAAUUGGAGUGUGCGGGCCGAGCCACCAAUACCAGAUGUUCACAGGAACCUGACAGAAAACGCACAGAGACUGGCAGACCUGGAAAUACACAACUCCGACCACGACAAGUCCAGGUCCCCAGUGGGGGUUGUCCCCAAUAUCAACAUCAGCAACUCAUCGGACAACAAGGAGAAUGUUCACCAGGUGGAUAAUUUGAAGAAACAAAGGGAUGAGUUGGAACGGGUGAUUAAAGAGCUAGAGGAGGAAAAUAGACAACUUCAUCGCGAACUUAAAGAUGUCCGCGAGUCCUCUGACACAGAGAGUAACAUGUCGGGUGGCGAGAACCCAGCAAAGAAGACGAAGUUCAAGGUUAAAUCAGUGUUGGACAAGAAUCGCAGACACAGUGGCGUUACAAUUGUCAAGGAAAAGCCCCUGUCAUCCCUGGAGAACAUGUAUGGAUUACAGACAGGCAGUGUACCGAGUCCCAGCUACAAUGAUAGCCAAACAUCGCGCCCACUUAUGGACAGCCGGAAUAUGACGCAGGCAGAGCAAAGUGUUCUGUAUUCCUCCCAUCGCUAUAGCUCGCCCCCUGAGAGUAACACUUACGCACCUUCCCCUAACAGUAACAGUUAUAAUCCCUCUUCUCACAGUAACAGCUUGUCCUCUAGAAACGACACUACUUCCCCUUCCCUCAGUCCCAACCUGGCCAGUGUUACCUCCCCCUACACCUACGAAUAUUCUUCACGUUUCCGCCAAGACCUCUCUCCAGGGGAGAGCCAUUUCACUCCUCGGGCAUCAGAAGGAGCUCCAAGCUACAUAGACAGGAGAGAGAGAACAGGAUUUGACAGUCUUGACAACCUUGAUGUCAGCCCCUCCCAUUUCACUCUGCCUUCCUUUGCGAACAGUAGAGCAUAUCUUGAGGAGGAGGAAGUCGAUCAGAUGCAGAUGGUGGACAAGAUAUUUCCCAGUAAUCUGUCAUACUCAGCCUACUCCAUGUCCAAUGCAGGGACGAUGAAUGACCACGAGGAAAUGCUCCAAGCGGCCUCUACUAUGGGCACUGUGACAUCAGACCUGUUCAGUGAGGCCAUCAUCCCAUUCUACCAGUAGUAGGCCAUCGUCUACCAGUACUAGGCCAGCAUCUACCAGUACUAGGCCAGCAUCUACCAUUCUACCAUUCUAUUUAAAUAUAUUGGGAUGCCUGCCUAAAUAUGUGUAUGUCAUUGUCUUGCAGGUUUGAAAUGUUUGAAAGCUUUAGCUAAAAGUAGCAUGCAGAUUUUGUUAUGUCUCAUUAUCACUUGAAGUGUGCCAUAUUUACACAAACUUCUUACAUACAAACAGUAUACAAGGAAUGGCCAGUUUGUUUAUGGAGUCUUUGCUUAAAUAGAGUUUAAUCAUGUGUACAUCAUUUAUUCUUACAUAUACAUGUACCUUGGUAUAUAUGUUGCUUUAAUACCAGAAAAUGCUAUAUCUUACAUCCAAAAGAAUCACCAUGUAUCCUCUAAUUUUGAGAAAUAUUUUGAUACGCUGCCAAAGUGUUUAUUGUUUGCCAUAUUCAAUGUCAAUCAUGGUUUUUUUUUCUUAUUAUUGUUUUGAGAUCUUUACCAUAUUUAAAUUUAUAUGCAGUUUAGGCAAUCUUUUUGUUUCGUAAUUCCUUUGAAUUUUUUUUUGAAAAAGUCCCUUUCAAAUAUUGCUUGAUUCCUAUAGUUUAUUGCUGUGUGAAGAAUCUAGUCUUGUGUGAGGUCCCAGUAAUCAUCAUUAGAUAUGUACAAAUUAAAGUGGUGCUAUGAUGUUUUGUUGAGGGGCUGCCGUUGCUGAGUGGUCGAGGCGUCUGACAUUCUGCUACCACUAGCCCUCCACCACUGGGUCGCGGGUUUGAGACCUACGUGGGGCAGUCGCCACCAGGUACUGACUGCAGGUCAGUUUUUUUUCUCCAGGACCUCCGGCUUUCCUCCACCACCGAAACCUGGCACAUCCUUAUAUGACCAUAUAGCUGUCAAUAGGACGUAAAACACAAACAAACAAACCAGCUUUGAUGUUUUGUAACUGUAGUUCUGUACAGGUGUUAACAUUAGGUCACAGAUACAGGCUUCAAUUGAUUUCAUCAUCGCUGUAUUAGUUAUGAAUACCUAUUAGAAUUAUAAGUGGUGUACUGCAUGUUUAUUGACAGAUUAAGUCAAACCAUAUUGUAAGACUAGGUAUAUUUUACUUAAUAACCGAAAUUUAUUUACAUCAUUUUGAUCUUGCCAAAGAGGUUUUGCUGACACGAAAAAUUGAUUAUUUGGUAAACUCUAAUAAUAAUUAUAAUUAUAAUAAUGAUAACCUGUUUAUUCAGUGAUGACCCGCCUGCAGAAAUCCCUUCUACUAAUGUUACUUAUAUUUUACAAUAUAACCUUACACUGAUUCUAAAGAAGCCAUUUUGAAAUGAUUGAACCCACAUUGAAAAUGAAUUCGACAUAUGAUAUUUUCAAUAAAAAUUAAGUCAUUGCCAAUUUUGUGUUCACAAUGAAAAUGCUGAUAUAUACACACUAUGCAAAAACCAAUGUUGUAUUCAAAUGGUCAAGUUUUUCUUUUUGUAUAAUGAUUUUGUAAAAUAUUUUUUUAAUUACAUUGACUAAUGUAUGCUUUGAAUGUAAUAGUAUAUAAAAAAAUAUAUAAUAAUAUACAUGAUGUUACUGGGCAUGCCAAAGGUAUACUACAAUGUAUUUAAAUAUGUAACACUGGAUUGAAGAUAAUUUUUAUCUAAAAUACAAAUUAAGAUUUUCUGACUCAUUGAAUACAGUACACAUAGUUGAAUUUUUUCAUACACUCGUCAAAACAUUGUAAAAAACAUAUUACUCUAUGGCCUCCGUCAGUUGAUCCUUCCUUCAGUCUCUGAUUCUGAACAAUGACUUUCGUAAAAUGCUUAGGCUAAGACAGGUGUUUAAAAAAAUCAGAUGCAUAUUUAAUUAGCAUUCUGCAUAUUUUCACAAGCAUACUUAACAGAGUUAUUGAUAUAUUUUGGAUGACUUCUUUAUUAAAAUGUCAUCGUCAAAGUGCCUUGCAAUUAAUUGUGCUGAAUGUGCUGAUAAUGAAAUAAUUAAACAUUUGGAUUGGACAUAAGCAAAUUUUCUGCUAUUUUUUGUGUGCACAAACCUGUUUUUAUGGAAAAUGUAAUGCAAAUUUACUGUAUUCGUUUCCCAAUAAUAUUUUGUGUUUUGUCAAUUCAAAUUGUUGGUACAAGUAAAGUCUGUUACUUUUUAAAUUCAGGUAACAAAGUCUAACUAUAAUAUUAAAACAGAUAACAAAUUUAAUGUGCCCUUAUGUAAAUACAGGUAACAGUCUGUUUAAUACUGUAAAAAAGUCUUACUAUAAUAUUAAAACAGUCAACAAAUUUAAUGGGCUUCUAUGUAAAUACAGGUAACAGUCUGUUACUGUAUACAUAUAAGUAACAAAGUCUUACUAUAUAUAAUGUUAAAACAGCUGACACAUUUUGUAUCUACGUAAUUACAGGUAAAAAAAAAGUAUAUUAUUAUGUGAAUACAGGUAACAAAGUUUGUUUUUAUGUAUUGAAUUACAUUUAACCAAAUCUAUUUUGUAAUUUAUGUAAAACAAAUAUGCAAAAAAUUCUGUUACUUUGUUAAUACAGGUAACAGUUUUUCUUUGGCCAAUAUAGUACUUGUGAUUAAAGAGCGAGCUCAUUUGAUGUACCUAUUAGCCAGCAGUAGGGUUAUACAGGUAUCCAGUAGUUGAUUGACCCUAGUCGCUACAGGAUGUAUUUCUAAGGAAAGCUAUACUUCAUUUGGAAGUGUAAUCAAAGACGUUGAAAUUGUUUUUAUACAUAAAUGUGUGUAUAUUUUUGCAUACCUCCUAGUGAUGUCCCUGUAAAAUCCUGCAUUUUUCUCUCCACCAGUAGCAUAAGUAACUGUUUUCCACUGCCUGGGUUAUUAUUAGAUCUUGUCUAGUUUUGUCUUAAACUGAAGUUUAGGCCAUUGUUUUUUUGUUCAGUCUGGUUUUGGAGUCUGUGUUGUUGAACUUUUUCUAUAAUAUAGUUAAUUGUGAUGUUGUGGUUGAGUUGUGUAUACAUAUUAUACAGAGCUAAUUAGGUAAAUUAUUUGUCUACAAUUUUGCCAUAUUUUUUGCCAUUAAAAUUUUGGUGC